CCCAGCAGAGGAUCCUCUAUCCCUCUCUGUUUUCUCAAUAGACGGGCUUCCAGGCCUCUCGGAUCUCUCUGUCUUCAGUUCCCUUACCAGCCGUCCUUGGGGAAACUCAAGGCUCUCAUUUUUCCUUCCCUCUCACUUCCUUCUGGAGACGUUCAAUCGGCCUCUCCUCUCCCAGAUCGGACCUUCCUGGGGUCCUUAGUCUCCUCAACCGUCCUCCUUCGAGAGGGUGACUUUGCUUUUGCUCAUGGAAGAAAUGAGGCUCAGGACUUGAGAAGACAACUGUGGUGCAGACAUUCACCUCUCCAACAACUUCGGGGUCUUGAGCUUAUGCGGUUUCAACUAUGCAGGAGAAAGGAGUUCAAAGUGACGACCACCCUGGACCCAAUAGCUCUGAACCUGACCAGACCAACAAGAAUGACGCCUAUGCAGACAGGCGGGGAGUUGUGCUAAAGUAUCUGGAAAGGAAGCAUGGUAGAGUUCGGGAUUUUUAUCAAAAACACAAAACCACCCUUCAGUACAUCUUCUGGGGCAUCUUAUUAGCAGGUUGGCUGGCUAUGGUGAUUUCCGCGUGUGUGCUCAACUUUCACCGAGCCCUUCUUCUCUUCGUGAUCACCGUGGCUGCCAUCUUCUUUGUGGUCUGGGAUCACUUUAUUCCCAAAUAUGAGCAUCAAAUUGACGGGCUCCUGUCUCCUGGCAGAGAGUUUCUGGACAGCCAUUGGUUCUGGCUGAAGUGGGUGAUUUGGAGCUCUCUGAUCCUGGGAGUUGGUUUCUGGCUGAUCUUUGACACCGCCAAACUGGGCCAACGGCAGUUGGUGUCCUUUGGUGGGCUCAUAGUGUACAUUAUCCUGCUAUUUCUAUUUUCCAAGCACCCAACCAAAGUUUGCUGGAGGCCUGUCUUUUGGGGAAUUGGGUUACAGUUUCUUCUUGGGCUCUUAAUACUAAGGACGGGCCCUGGACGUUGGGCUUUUCAGUGGUUGGGCAACAAAAUUGAGACCUUCCUGGAGUACACAGAUGCUGGUGCUUCCUUUGUCUUUGGUGAGAACUACACAGACCACUUCUUUGCAUUUAAGGUCCUGCCAAUGGUGGUUUUUUUUGGUGCCGUCAUGUCCGUGCUCUACUAUCUUGGACUGAUGCAGUGGAUCAUUAGAAAGGUUGGAUGGCUCAUGCUGGUUACUGUGGGAUCAUCUCCUAUUGAAUCUGUAGUUGCUGCUUGCAAUGUAUUCUUUGGAUACACGGAGUCUCCACUGCAGGUCCGGCCAUAUUUACCACACCUCACCAGGUCCGAGUUCCAUGCAAUCAUGACCACUGGGUUUGCUACCAUCGCAGCAAAUGUCUUUGGCACAUAUGUUUCUCUUGGGAUUUCACCCGCCCACUUAUUAACUGCUUCAGUUAUGUCAGUGCCCGCGUCAUUGGCUGUGGCUAAACUCUUUUGGCCUGAGACAGAAACACCUAAAAUAAGCCUCAAAAAUGCCAUGAAAAUGGGAAUGAGUGAUUCAAGGAAUAUCCUAGAAGCAGCAUCACAGGGAGCAUCCGCAUCCAUCUCCCUGGUGGCAAACAUCACUGUGAUUCUGAUUGCUUUCCUGGCCCUGUCGUCUUUUGCGAAUGCAGCCCUGUCCUGGUUUGGAAGCAUGUUUGACUACCCACAGCUGAGUUUCGAGAUGAUAUGCUCCUACAUCUUCAUGCCCUUUUCCUUCAUGAUGGGAGUGGACUGGCAAGACAGCUUUAUGGUUGGCAAACUCAUAGGUUAUAAGACCUUCUUUAAUGAGCUUGUGGCUUAUGGGCGCCUCUCAAAAUUGGUGAAUUUACGGAAAGAGGCUGGACCCAAAUUUGUGAAUGGUGUGCAGCAAUAUAUGUCGAUUCGUUCUGAGACAAUUGCCACUUAUGCUCUCUAUGGCUUUGGCAAUAUCUCUUCCCUAGGAAUAGUGAUCGGCACAUUCACAUCCAUUGCUCCUACCAGGAAGCGUGACAUCGCAGCAGUAGCAGUGAGAGCUUUGAUUGCAGGAAUCAUUUCCUCUUUCAUGAUCGCCUGCAUCGCAGGCAUCCUCUCCAGCACUCCUGUAGACAUCAACUGCCAUCACAUUUUAGAGAACGCCUUCGCCUCCGGCUUACCUCAAAACACAACCGACGUGGUGUCGUGUUGCCAGAGCCUACUGAGCAGCACUGUUGUCACUGGUCCCGGGGGGGUCAUCCCAGGAGGGAACCACAGCCUGUCUUCUUUGAAGAACUGCUGUGAAUUGUUGAAGCCAUCAACACUGAACUGCACUUGGAUCCCUGAUGCAUUUUGAGUUCAGCCACUUCUCCAACAGAACCCUAAGCACAGAUACUGAACUUUCUGCUUUGGGGAGCCAAAAGAUCCUUAUUCUUCAUAGAUUGGUACUUCCAUCAUGGAGUCAGCUUUAACUGGAAAGAAGAAACACAGGAGUGCACCCUUCAGAUCUAGAGCAUCUUCCUCCCCUCCUCAGCCCCGUCCCCGCUGAAAACUACUAUAGUGUCCCAAAGUGAGGUGUUGUCUCCAGUCCCGCAAGUGUCUUCUGACCUUAGAAUUUCAGGACAUUUAACCAGAAUGCAGGUAUAAAUGACAGCUAACAACAACUGGGCUGUGAUUCAGCCAUACUCAGUGUGAGUCUCUAAGUAAUCCAGAAUGACCCACUUUUAAAACAUCUCAGGUGAGGUCUCUCUGCAUUCACCCUGGCUGAGCUGAAAUAGCCUAAAUGUGUAUCUCAGGUGGAGCAGGACCAGUCACAUAUCACCCACUCAUCACCUGCCAUGAGGAAGUCCCGCAGAAAUCAGGAGUCCUUCAGGAGAGUGCCUAGACCAUUCCAAAGCUAGGUUUUAAAUACUGUGUGCUUAGCGUUAUACCAGUCAGCUUAGGCUGAACUACGCUGCAGUAAAAAAUAACUAAAAAAC